GAGAGAGAGAGAGACGGAGAGAGAGAGAGACGGAGAGAGACAGAGACAGAGACAGAGAGAGAGAGAGACGGAGGCCACUGGGGGUUUCCACUGUGUAGGAUUAGAAAGCUUUAGAAGUAAGUAAGGCUUUAGUCACAGACAGAUCAGCAAGAAAGAGAGUCAGGGUAGAAGAGCGUAAGGUUGACACAAAGAGAGGAAAGGAAACGAGAUUGUAUCUCGAGUGAUGCUCUGUCAGCUUAGAUCAAGUGAACAGCUUUAAUUUGAAAGGUUAGGAGCAGGUUUAAAAGAAAGAGAGUUUUCAUAGUCUUGAUUUGAGAUAUUUUUCUAACAUGAACUGUACAAGAGAGGAUAAAUACCUCAGAGAUGACAGAUGCUGCGAUAAAUGCGCUGCAGGAUCUUAUGUUAGAGCAGAAUGUGACAACACAAAGAAGACCGAGUGUGGCAAGUGUGGACGUGGGUUCUUCACAGCCACCAAAAAUUACAUGUUCAAAUGUCUACCCUGUAGGAACUGCAGUCUUGAGAAGAACCGAAGGAAGGUAAAGGACUGUGAUGCUCAUGAGGACACAGUGUGUGAGUGUGAGACUGGUUUCUUCUGUAAAAAUGAUCAGUGUGACCACUGCCAGAAAGUUAAGACCUGUGGUCUGGGCCAAGGUGUCAAAGUUAAAGCCACUCGCACAAAUGACACUAUUUGUGCAGACUGUGAAAAAGGGACCUUCAGCAACGUAACAGAUUUCCACUCAGCCUGUCAAACACACACCAGGUGUGAGGACUUGGGAAGAGUAUUGAAAACUCCAGGAACCCCGAAAGCUGAUGCCAUCUGUGGUAACUUCAUAUCUGAUUGUCACUGGAUCAUUCCUGCAGGCCUGUGGUCAGGACUUGUGUUGACGGCACUCGUGCUGUUUGGUCUCAUCUGCUGGAGAUCAAAACGCAAGUCAUGCAGAUCAGUGAACCUAUGUGCCACUGCCGGAAUUUACUCAAAAAAUACAACUGCCAGUCCUGGUGACCGUGUUACCUAUAUUGAAACGAUUCCAGCAGAUCCAGUCAGUCCUCUGAAGCUGCCGUUACCGUCCAUUGAGCAGAACGGUCACUGCCCAGAGAGCUACAUGGAGGAGGGCUGCAAGUUACCGCUUUUUACCACAGAUGAUAAUGUGGUCAGUGUCUGCACAGAAGACAGCGUGGACAGCAGCCUUCCUAUAACUCCACUGAAGGCUUCGGUUUCCUUUGCUGAAUCAAGCCAGGGCAAUGGAAGUGCUGGAUACUGCGCGGUAAACUACCUCAGGACGCACUCAGAGCCUCAGGAGGACGAGUGGUGUGGGACUGAGGGGUCAUAACAGGACUCUGACAGAGCUCAGAGUCCAUGAAAACUAUUUUUUUAAUCUUGCAACUGGAUUUAUUUAUCCUGGGUUGAAAAAACAGUUUCUCUGAGAUUAGAGAUUUGAGUUUCUCUGUUUGAGGAGAGAUUACAGUGGUCGAUUGUUUUACUGCCCCCUGCAGGAUGUUAAAGAGAACUUCAGCUCAAGUUAUGUGAUAUUUACAAUGAGAGGUGAUUCUUCGAUGUCAAAAAGUCCUUAAAAAGGAGUUUAUCAAGUGAAGGCAGGGAUGUCUGCCAUGUUUCGCUUCAUGCCUUUUUAUCUGUCUCAUCUUAUUCUUGACUUUGUUUUAAGUUUAAGCAAAACUCAUGUACAUUUAUGAAUGUCUGUGUAGCUGGAUGUAGCGUAUUCCUCUGGAGAUUCAACGUUGAAAAAACUAUAUCACUUAACUACAGAGACCCUGAAGUUCAAAAAUGGAAAAAAAAACAUGUGUGUACACAAGUUAAUUAAUCAAUCAUCAUAAUAAUUCAAUCAUUUUUACUUUUUGGAACUUCAGGGUCUCCAUACUAAACCACCCGAUUACACUGAGUAAAUUAACAACCAUACAGAUAGACACACCUGUCUAUUUUGAGUCAUUCCCACGUUUAGCUGCUGACAAUUUGUUCUUUCACAUUACAUUAACCCAACCCACAAAUGGGCCAAUAUUUGCUAACAACCUGCAUUUCUAAGCAGCUUUAAAAAAGUUUCUUUUGAAAAUAAUAAACCUACACGACUUGUUUUUGAAAAAAUGUAUGCAGGAGAAAAAAAGUUUUCGUUUGAGCACGUAGGAUGAGAACAAAACAAGAGCACAACAUCGUUCUACUUUGAGAAAAAAGAAACUGAAGAGACUGUAAAUGAGACAAAAGAAGGAAACUGAAUGAUCCUUUAAUCUAAGCUAUUUCUUUGUUAUUAUGUAUGAAGGAUAUUUUAUUUAAUUAAUUUAUCACAGUAAACUAGUGCAAUGUCUGCCAUCAAAUGUCUUUUGACGUAUUUUGUACUUGAAGUUUUGAGGGGUGAAAUACUUGUACUUAAAUGGCUGUAUAUAAACUUAGAGGGAUGCAGCAGUUAUACCCACUCACAUGCCACAAACAUCUGAAACAUGAUGAUGUGUUAAUGAUGCAGCAAAGACGCCCAACAGACUGAGGAAUGAUUUGUUUAUAACAUACUGGAGCUAGAUAGUGCAAUAUAAGGGAGUAUGCUGGGAAUGUUUACACAAGCCUCUGUGGUCUGGUCUCACUUAGCACCAUCAGGCUGAAACAACAUGGACAGAAAUUCAGUCAAAAUUAUUGUUGAUUAUCAAAAAAAAAAAAAAAAAAA